CCGGCUCGUCACGGGGUUGGAACCCGGAGCCGCCGGAGCCGCCGCUCCCCCCGGGUCCAGCGCUGCUCCAACCCGGUCCGGAGUCGCGCCGCUCCCCCCGGGGCCGCCAGCAUGUCCAACAUGGAGAAACACCUCUUUAAUUUGAAGUUUGCUGCAAAGGAGCUCAACAGGAACUCCAAAAAAUGCGACAAAGAAGAAAAGGCUGAGAAAGCUAAAAUUAAGAAGGCCAUUCAGAAGGGGAACAUGGAAGUGGCGCGGAUCCACGCGGAGAACGCCAUCCGCCAGAAGAACCAGGCCAUCAACUUCCUGCGCAUGAGUGCCCGCGUGGACGCUGUGGCAGCCAGAGUUCAGACUGCUGUCACCAUAGGCAAGGUAACAAAGUCGAUGGCAGGGGUGGUGAAGUCAAUGGAUGCCACCUUGAAGAGCAUGAACUUGGAAAAGAUAUCUGCACUAAUGGACAAAUUUGAGCACCAGUUUGAGACACUGGAUGUUCAGACACAACAGAUGGAAGACACAAUGAGCAACACUACGACAUUAACAACGCCACAAAACCAAGUGGACAUGCUCCUGCAGGAAAUGGCAGAUGAAGCAGGCCUUGAUCUAAACAUGGAACUACCUCAAGGACAGACAGGUUCUGUUGGUACAAGCGUGGCCUCAGCAGAACAGGAUGAGCUGUCACAGAGACUGGCCCGCCUACGUGAUCAAGUCUAAGUGAACAGAGCUGCAGUUCUUUGGAGCUGCUUCCAAAUUCCCUGUCUGGAACUAACCCUGCACUACACUCAAGGUGUAAAACAGUCCAGCUUAGGUGUUUGAAUAUUUGUAAUAUAGUGUGCUUUAUUCCCAGCUUGCUAGUCUUUCUAAAAUACAUUGUGACCCAAAAAUAUCAGCUCUAAUGUCCUUUUCUGUACAUUUGGAAGUUGAUCUAUUUUUUGCAAACUUUUUUCACAAAUUGAAGUUGAUGUUCUAAGUCUGCUACUAAUGGUGGUACGUUCUAGUUACAAGCAAAGCAGUGUUAGUGAGAUAUAUUUAAAUUAUGAUUUUUUUUUUUUUAAUUAUGAGAACUGCUUAUGGUUGGAGAACUGAUGUAUCAGUUCAGAUGAUUGUUGUAGAUCAUUUUCCUAUAGAACCAAACUCCUGGAACACACAGGGAUGGACAGUGUGGACCUCCUGGAAAAUGCACUUGUUGAAACAAAUAAGUGGACUUUGAGUUUUUUAGUCUUUAAAAGUUAGGAUGAAUGUGCUGAAAUUAGCAGUUUAGUUCAAAAAUGAGUUACCAAAAGCUGAUUUCAUAUAACUGGGGACUUGUAUGGUGGCAUCACUUUAGCACAGGAGGAAUAAAAUAUAUUUUUGGACUCUUUGCCAGGUCUGUUGCUCUCUGCAGAUAAAAUCCCAUUGUUUGUAAUAUUCUGGUUGUAGGGAUUCACUAAUUUUAGCAAUCCCUUUAUAUUUCUGCAUAGUGAGAGAGUCUGGCUGCUCUCAGUAGCUUCAAACUCUUGGUGCAGUUAUAAAGUAAGAAAUGGUUGUAGAAAUUUGUAGCUGAGACCACUUGUGAUGUGAUAAACAGUGACAUUCAAAUUCUCUUCCUAAUUUUUUUGGGCUCAUUUUUAUGUUUUGUCUUUGUAGGGGUGAGGGAAGGUGUGGAGCACCAGGCUUGGAAUUGGUUCUUAAUUGCCUGGUGCUCAGGGCCACAUGUGUUUUCCAGUGUUAGGGAAUUGUAUAAGGAAAAGAAAAAAAGCCUCACUUUUUUAUUCAAGCAGGAUUUUUUCAAUGAAAAUGUGCAAAAACAAUUAAACUUUUUAGAGCAGUUUCAGAUAUUAUUUUGAAUGUGUUACCCUGUGACGAUACUAGCUCUCCAGGGUUCCAACAUUACCCAACUCACUCCAAGGGUUGAGCAGGAUGUUAUGUACUGAAGUAAUCGAGGUUAGUGUAAAAAUAAAAUCAGGAAAAUAAGAUAGACAAAACAACCUGAAAUGUUGUGGUAUCCUCUCUCACACUGGCAGCUGAAUUAAAUCUGUGAGUUUAAAAUGGGGUCUUUUCACUUGUUAGAAAGAAACUGGGGUUAAAAAUAAAUGUAAACAUCUUGAGUGUUCUUCCUGUAAACAGGAGAAGUUGGAAGGUGACUAAAAAACACCUAUUGACAGCUGUAGUCUGGCCACGAUCCUGUCAAAUGAUCAAUAAAACAUCCUAGAAAGGGACUUUUUCCUGCAUUUUCUUCCCUGGCUGCUUCUGAACAUUGUAACCAAGAUCAUGGUGUAUCUAUGCAACCCAGUUACCCAGCUGGGGUGGCUAUGUGUGUGCCUUUGCCUUGCUGGAACUCCUUCAGCUUUUUAAUAUUCAGUUACUUCAUAUCAUGAGAGUGCUGGAAGCUUCCUGGUGUGGAAUCGCUCCACACUGGAGUUUACUUGGAGCUGUCCAUGUAAUACUGAGGAUUCAGUGUCUGAUAGCAGACAGCUCCAGCUACUGUGUCUGGCUUCUUUUAAUGUUAAAAAUGAUGCUGCUGUUCGACUGGUUUGGGCCAUUCUGGAAUUAGUUGAGGGUCAGGCAGUGAUUCUGAGCUCCUACAUGGUUGAUUUUCCCAGUAUGUUGCCUUGCUGUGAGCCUUGGAGGGAUUUAAAAAUAGACUGGGACUGAGAUUGUUGCAACAGAAAGGUUAACUAAGCUUCAUGAUUUUAUUGAUUGCUGUGGAGUUUUGAUCUUAUCCCAGGCUGGUGAACUCCAGGACCAACACAGAUUUCCAGUGCUGUCUCUUGAGAGGAAUUAACAAAUACAAAGGUUUGACUGACAUAAUUAAGGUUAUGUCUGGGGGACUGUGAUGCAAUGAGGCUUAGGAAGAAAUAAGUGUUUGAGAUAGGGAAUUUUUGCCCUGUUGACUUCACUUAAGGAGCUGCUGUGUAUUUCAGCCAUACCAGGGUUUGGGGCUGGCAGCUCCUGUGUACAGAACUCCUGCCCUUUCCUGGGGAAAUGCUUUCAUUGUGGCUAGGAGCUGCAUCCAGGAAGGUUGAAGUUAUAUUUUAAAUAUAUACAUUUUUCUCAUGACAUUUGGAAAUGCUUAAAGCUGAAAGUUACUCUUAAAGCAAUAUUUGAGUUUCAUCCUUCCUCUCUUCAGGCUCCUCAAAACAUUUCUCUUCCCUGAGCAGCUCUGGCUCCUCACUCCGACCUUGUUUUGUCUUUGUAAGUUGACUGUUUGUAAAGUUCAUUUCACGUUAAAUCACUUGUUUGUGCUUUUCUGGAACCUUAUUGCCAGCUAAAAUUUCAAUAUUUCUGUGAAACAUUGCUUAAAAUGUUGUUGGAUGGUUUUGCUCAGCAUUUUUAUCCUCUGUUACUAAAACUGCUGGUUUGUGGUAGCUUUGUCUUCAUUAGAAUUCCAAAACAAAGCCAUGCAAAGCUUCAGAUGAAAGGAGAGGGAAGCAAAACAAGAACAAGAACUUUAAUGUCAUGAUUGCAAUGGGAUAAAACUUAAAAAGUUGCCUUUGUGGAGAUCCUCAGAGCCAAAAAUUAGUGAAUUUUUGUUAAACAUAAUCAGCAGUUGUGUAUAGACAAAUUCUGAAGCUGGUGCCAUGUAUAGAAAGAGAAUAAUUUUUGUAGCUCUGGUUGAGUUCACUUUGAAAACUGCUUUACUUGUAUGGGACAGUUUGUAAAUGUAACUGCAGGUAGUAAAUAAAAUUGUACAGACAACUCA